AAUAUUACUCCAUUUUCUUCUCACGUUUCGCGUGGUCCUCCAAAGUAAUAAUGACAAAAUUAGUAUAACAUUGGAUUUCUAGUCAGGUGGCACAAACCCUGAAAGGCAAACCCCUUUAACCUCGUCAUUUUCGAGGUGUUUUUAACCCAGCAAAUCUUCUUUCACAAUCCAGGAAAAAGAAAAAUUCAUUCUACUAAGCAACAUGCUUAAAGUCCCAGAUCAUCAGGUUGCAGGACACAGAGCUCGUGAUGGACGGCUCGGACCACUUGUUGACGAUGCAGGGCGUUUCUACAAGCCUCUUCAGGGUGAUGAGCGUGGAGAUAACGAGGUCUCUUUCUAUACGUCAUUCUCUUCAAACGCUAAAAUUUCUGACCGUAUCAAAAGCUUCUUCCCCGAGUUUUAUGGUACUCAGCUCGUGGAAGCAUCUGAUGGAUCGGGUAUGCAACGUCAUCUAGUUCUACAGGAUCUCACUUUCGGCCGUGUGCAUCCAUCUAUAAUGGACAUCAAAAUUGGUUCAAGGACUUGGCAUCCACAAGCUCCAGAGGACUACGUCAACAGGUGUUUGAAGAAGGAUAGGGGAACUUCCAGCCUUCUGCUAGGAUUUAGAGUGUCGGGCGCACGAAUCUUUAAAAGCACGGAAUUAGGAUACUGGGAACCGGAGAACAGAUUGUCGAUUCAGACUCUUUCAGCUGAUGAAGUUAAGUUGCUUCUGAGAACCUUUGUUUCUUCUAACACAUCAGAAGAGUCACAUACGAAACCAGAUUGUGCGUUUGCUUCAACUGUUUAUGGUGGCUCGAAUGGUAUUUUGUCACAGUUACUGGAAUUGAAGGCAUGGUUUGAGGAUCAAACCAUCUAUCAUUUCUAUUCUUCCUCAGUUCUUAUGAUGUUUGAAAAGGAGCUUGCAUCGAGUGGGAAGUGCCCCCGAGCAGAAAUCAAGCUUGUGGAUUUCGCCCACGUUCAUAAAGGCAAGGGUGUUAUUGAUCAUAACUUCCUCGGUGGGCUUUGCUCUUUUAUAAAAUUCAUCUCUGAGAUCCUCACAACUCCAGACGACUCUUCUGCUGAUUCCUUAGUAGAAGAUGCUCAAAGAAACCACAUCCAUUCUGAAAAUGGUUCAGUUUGAAUUUACUGAAUCACUAUGAUGUCAAGGCCUCUGCCUCAAUUAAAUAAUGUUGUAUUUCACCUCAA